CGGACGUCACGACCCUCUACGAAACGUCAAUAUGUUUCUGACGUUAGACAUAAUUUUAGUAAUCUGUGGUAGUAUUUUAAAGGUUAAGUGGUAUCUUUAACUAGUCUGUGUUUAGACGUUUCUGCAGUUUCAUUCGCUUUGCAAAGUUUUGCUUUUCUAAGCAAAGAUUUUGUUUAAAGUUAUCUCUGCAGUGAAACGGGAUUUAUUUCGUACAUGCUAAUUACCUAAAGUUAAAAUGAAUAUACUAACGGCCAUACUAAUACUAUUACAAAUCCUUUCCACUAUUGGUACAAAACAUUUUCGUUUGGGCCGAAGCAAAGGUGGAAAUCUCGGAGUACCGGUCGUCUACGAUGAGGAGCCUUUACCAAUCGCAAAGUGGUUUACGCAAAAGUUGGAUCACACAAGCCCCUCAAACCUUAAAACCUGGAGACAGGUUGGUUCUUUUAUACGUAUGAUAAACUUAAGGAAAAUCUUUAACUAAUAGACUACCCAUCUUAAUCCUAUCAGAUACUAUUACUAUCAGAAUUUACCGGUCACAAAAGCACGAAAUUUCGUUCAUAAUCACUUUAUUUGAUGUUUUAAUAUUUUUUUAGCAAUUGGAUGACUGAGGAGUAUAAAUUGUGUGGGUUACUUUUCUCUUAUCGCGAUGCCUUUCUUUUUAUAUUUCGGAAAGAGUUAAGCAUAAUCUGAGCUUCCUCGUUGUCGUUAGGGAUGCCUGAUGCUUAAUGAAUCUCUCAAUCUUUAAUAUUUAAUUUACUAACACAAAUAAAAAAAAACUGUGUGGUGCACAUGUAAUGUUGAUAUAUCAUCAUAAUAGAUUUGUAGAAAAAACAAUUCCUGUUUACAGAGUAAACCUAAUGGAGAUUCCUGUUUACAGAAUAAACCUAAUGAGACCUUGUAAAUAUUCCUGUAGUCUACAUAAUUCAACUGGGAUAUUUCAAUUAGGUCCUGUAACUACUGUAAACCAAAUGGUUUACAGUAGUUUAGCAAUAUUACACAAGUAAUAAUCAAAGUUUACCAUUUGGUAAAAUCUGCAAAUCUCUGUAAUAUUGCUAAAUUAAAUAAAAAGCAUAAAAAAACAUUUUAAAGUUAGUGGUGGCCAAGAAGGUUAUAUAUGGAGGAAAUAAACAAGGAGAAUGGUUGUGGCUAUGCCACACCACCACAAUAUGUUGGUCUUGAAACUUUGUAUAUUUUAUCUCUGAUUUUUCCCAUGCUCUGUCCUGGCGACAUUACACUGGAAAAUAAGAAUUUCUAUACAAGCGUGAAUGGUAGAAGAUCCAGUGAACUGUCCAUUUAUAUUAUAACCAAUUUACAGGUAUUGGGGAGCCUGACGCUUUAAUCUUUGGAAAGUGUACUUUGGAAGGUCCUUCAUUAAUUCUCUUGCCAGUGUAUUUGGAUGUCUCGACUUCCGCUUAGCGUAGCUAGGUAGCGAGUCCCUUAUUUCCUCUAUAACUGUUUUGAUCUUUAAGUUGUGAUGAAGUUGGCUGUUUGUCAUGUACCAGGGAACUCCAGUUAUUAGUCUUAUAGUUUUUGAAUGAAAACUUUGCAAAAUCUCUUUGUUUUUAGUGCAUGCAUACAUUUGUAUAGGAGAAAUUUAUUUUAUAAUGUUAGGUGCGAAUACUGCCCAAUGGGAAAUUUUGAUAUGAUAUUUUUAAUUAUGUUUUGAACUUUUUUUAUUAUUAUUCUUAUUUAAUUGUCAAUUGUACACACUUUCAGCUUGAUGUGAAUUUAUGCUCCUUGACUCUUAUUUUUCUGUCUAAUUUUACUAGACUACCAGUUAUUUACAUUAUCUUUACAUCCAGAUUUAUGAACAGGACUGCGUUUUUGAAACAUUGUGGGAAAAUACCCUGCAUGAGAUUUGAAUUAUUCAGUUCUGAUCUUUCAAGAAUGAUCUGCUCUGUCUCAGGAGAGUAAAAUCCUUCAAUUUCGUUAAGAUUACUUUCUCUAGCUGUUUCAUCUAUCAUCCGUUUGAAGUAUUCCCACUUACUGUCGCUGUCUGUUUUAUCAAUCAGAAAUGCUCAAGGAAGUUUUAUGCCAUUAUUGUUAGGUAUAUAACUUACUUGCUCCCACUUUUUGUUCAAAAUUAUCUCUGAAAUUACUAAUGUUUAUACCUCGCCUAUCUGUAGCUACUUUGGUUGGGUUUCUUUGUAUUUAAUUAGAUUCCUAUAUCUAUCACUAGGGCAUAUCCAGGUGUAUAAUCUUCGGUUAUAUUGUUUGAAGCAGGUGUUGGCGAGAGUGAAGAAAUUUUGGUUCUCUGAUUCCGUAUGGUAAAUACGCAAUACGACGAAGUUGUCUGUAGUAAUUCCAACAUUGACAUUCCUUUCAUGAGGUGCACGAAUACCAUUACCAAUUACCAGUUCUAUUCAGUAGCCAGGUCAGGUCAAUUCCGAGUACUCCACCAAGAUUGGUAGAUAGAGUGGUAGCAGAGAGUUUGGUAGUGUAGUGCCAGAGUAGCAUUUAGAGUGUGCGAUAGAGUGUGUUAGGUGAAAGGCAAGUGGUAGAGUAGUUUUUAAAAAAAGUUGUACUCUACAAAAUCAAAUUAAUGCUGUUAUUUACGUUCGUUAGUAUAAUUAGUAUUGUACUCUCCUAUGCUACACGGGACAAGACACUCAUCACAUUGGUAGCGCUUUGAGAGUUGCCAUUAGUCGCCUUUAACAGCAUCACCCGCAGUAACAAAGGGAAGGUGGAUUGAAUUACUCUCAUGAGUAGAAUGACUAUGUGAAGUGAACAUACUAAAUAUAGUAAGAAACAAGUUAGCAAAAUAGAAAAAGCAGUUAUUAAAAAACAAUUUAACUAACAUACUUAAGAUAACUCAUUUUACGAUAUUAUUAUGGUUAUUGUCAUUGUUAACAGUAUUUAUGACACCUAAACACCUUUUAUGAUACCAUAACUAUGAAAUACACUCAUUUAUUUAUUUAUUUCAUUUUUAAACUUACACUGGCACACUUACAGCAAUACAUAUCAUACAUUAAAAGAUAAUAAUAACAUAAUACACUUAUUAUUUGCAUGUCACUUAUAGUAGGGAAACCCUCCAGUAGCCCCUAUUCAAAAGACUGACGAUUUGGACACAACAAAAAGUCACAGCCAUGGAAAUGUUUUUGUGCUGCUACAUUCGGCCUACUCAGCGCUAUUUCGUGAAUGACAAAUACUUUGAUAAAAAUAAUCCCGGUCCUGUAUUCCUUAUGAUCGGGGGAGAAGGUCCAGCAGAUCCAAAAUGGAUGGUAAAAGGUGCUUGGAUUGAAUAUGCCAAGUUCUUCAAAGCAUUGUGCAUCAACUUGGAACAUCGUUAUUAUGGAGAGAGCCGUCCUACAGAAGACAUGUCUACAAAAAAUUUGCAAUAUCUUUCGUCCAGUCAAGCAAUGGAUGACCUUGCAUAUUUUAUUCAAGAGAUGAAUGAGCUUUACAAACUCCCCAAGGACACUAAAUGGAUUGCUUUUGGAGGAUCCUAUCCAGGCUCCCUGGCAGCAUGGGUUCGCGUGAAGUACCCGCAUCUUAUUUAUGCGGCCGUGUCGUCAAGUGGUCCAUUACUGGCGAAAGUUGACUUUAUGGAAUAUUUCAAAGUUGUUGUGGAUGCGCUCCGUGAAAAAACUGGUGAUGACGAUUGCGUGCAACAAGUGAAAUUGGCUCAUCAACAAAUCACUGAUCUGAUGAAAGGGCAACCAGAAAUAAUAGAAAAAGAAUUCAAAGUUUGCAAGAAAUUCUCAGAUGCUUCUCCGGAUGACAUUAAGAAUUUUUAUAGCUCCAUUGCUGAUGAUUUUGCUGAUGUAGUACAGUACAAUGAAGAUAACAGGAUUGGAGCGAAUGAGGAAUAUAGGAAUGUUACCAUAAACACUAUCUGCAAGAUACUUACGGAAGGCAAAGAGAAACCUGCCUACAAGAGACUAGCAGACUUCAAUGCGAUUAUUAUGAAUAAAAACAACCAGACCUGUCUGGACUAUAGCUACAGUAACAUGAUUCAGGAAUUAAGAAACAUUACAUGGGGUGGAGAUGAAGCACGUCAAUGGAUGUAUCAGACUUGUACUGAGUUUGGUUUCUAUCAAACAUCUUCUGCUGAAGUCGAAGUAUUUGGUAAUGCAUUCACCUUGGACUUUUUCAUACAACAGUGUGAAGAUGUGUUUGGAAAAAAGUUCGAUAAAGAUUUCGUGAGCAACGCUGCAGCGUGGACUAACAGCAAGUACGGCGGUGUGGACAUCGCCGUCAGCCGCGUGGUGUUCGUGCACGGCUCCGUGGACCCCUGGCACGCGCUCGGAAUCACACAGACUAAGGACAACAAUGCGCCUGCUAUUUACAUUAAAGGGACAGCCCAUUGCGCUAACAUGUACCCGCCGGCCGACAGCGACUUGCCCUCGCUUAAAGAGGCUCGCGUCGAAAUCCAGCAGUACUUGGCUGACUGGGUCGGACUCCCUUGA